AUGGUCUGGGAUGUACCAGAUCCGCAGGUGGGGGAGCAUGUUUCAGCGGCAGACGUUCGACUGUGGGAAGCCUGGAAUGGCACGAAGACGGCGUGCGCGCGCGUCUCGGUCAAAGCCGCGGAGAAGGUGGCGGAGAGCACCAUCAAGGUGAAGUACACCUCGUGCGUCGUCCGCCUGGUCCAGCCGCGUGCCAAGAAACAGCUACGCUGCUACAAGUGCCUGGAGAUAGGGCACGUCCGGGCAGCGUGCAAGAGCGAGGUGGAUCGCUCGGCCUGCUGCAUUCGCUGCGGGAAGCCAGAUCACCAGGCGAAGAACUGCACAGCGGAGGUGUGCAGUGCCGUGUGCAACGGCCCGCACCACGUCGGGCAUCCGACGUGCCGGCGCUAA